AUGGGCGACCCCGACACUGAGAAGUGGCUCCACCCUCCUCACCCUCCUCGCCCCACCCCGCGCCACCCCACGUGUCCGCCGUGGUGGGUUGAGUGCGUGGAUCGGGGCUCGAUCCUGGAACCUGGAGCUCUGGGGACCUGGUGACCUGGUGACCUUGUGACCGCAGAGUCGACUGCUUGAGACGGCGUGAGUGGCAGUGACUGCGGUGGGGACUCGAACCUGGAACUCUGGGACCGGAGAAUCGACCGCUUGAGACGGCGUGAGUGGCAGUGAUUGGGAUCGGGACUCGAACCUGGAACCUGGAACUCUGAGACCGGAGAAUCGACCGCUUGCGACCGCAACCGAGUCUCUCCCUCGCCCGGGCCACGGCCACAGCGGAGCGGGGUGGGGCGGUACGAGAGGCAUGCGGGGACUCGUGGCGGCGGCGACGCGACUCGCGGCCGGCGUCGGCCGGAAGAUUCGCGCGUCCCGGCCCGGACUCGCGACGCCCCCCGGCGUCCGUGGGUCAGAGGGACUCCAAGGGCCGCUGGCAGCAGCCCAUCGCGCCCUCGCCUCUUGGCCGACGCUACGGCCCUCGCUUGCCCCGCCUGCGCCGGCUGGGCACCAGCGGGCCUGGCGGGGCCUUUGCAGCGGAGCGGACGCGGACCCGGCGGGGGCGGCGACGGCACUCGGGGCCGUGAAGCAGCCGCACUACCAGCUGGUGUUCACCUGCAAGGUGUGCAGCACCCGCACAGCCAAGCGCAUCUCGAAGGCGGCGUACCACAGCGGCGUGGUGAUCGUGACCUGCCCAGGCUGCGGGAAUCACCACAUCAUCGCCGACAACCUGCGCUGGUUCUCCGACCUGGAGGGCAAGCGGAACAUCGAGGAGAUCCUGGCAGCACGCGGGGAGCUCGUUCGCCGCGUGCCCACCGAAGACGCCACCGACUUCGCCGCGGUGCCUGGGGGUGAGGGGGCGGGUCCCGGGAGAGAGGGGCCUGAGGUGGAGGGGGCGGGGUCCGCGGUGGAGCCUGAGGUGGAGGGGCCGGGGUCUGGGAUGGAGGGGGCGGGGUCUGGCGUAGAGGGGGCGUGGCCCUUGGUGGAGUCUGGUAUGGAGGGGGCGGCGUCUGGGAUGGAGGGGGCGUGGCCCAAAGUGGAGCCUGGGAUGGAGGGGGCGGGGUCUGAGAUGGAGGAGGCGGUGUCCGGAGGUGAGAGCCUGGGGGUCACGGGGCCGAGGGACGGUGGAUCACGGGGGGUCACCACCCGCCAGGGCGGAUCCGUGGGUGCGGUGGGGCGAGCCGUGGUGCCGGCCUCGCCGGGACGAGGUGGGGUGGGCGCCCAGGAUCCCGGUGUGCGGGGCCCGGGGAGGGCCGAGGGGGGUUAG